AAGUCGUAAAUUCGAGCUUGUCUUGUCGAAAUUUGCAACUUAACAGCUUAAGAUUUAGAAAGUUAUUCAACGAGACUGCCUUAUCCUCAUAAUGAGGAAGUGAAGGAAGAUGAAUUUUGCAUCUUUCAGUUUGUACUGCAUCGUUUUCGUUAGUACGUUUGUCAGAUUUUCCUUCGCUUUUGGUAACUCGCUGGAUCAUUCUUCAGAUGUGGUCAGCAUUCUCAAUGUCACCGUGAAAUCUGUUGGAACAAAUGAUGGAGGCGAGAAGCUGGCUUAUAUUUGGGUCAACAACAAAAACUAUGCACCACAAACCAAAGGAUAUAAUGUCGCUGUCUUUGAUGUCCUAUCAGGUCGUUUCCUCACAUCGUCUGCAUUCGACUGCGCAGCGAAGCAAGACGAGUGUGACAGGCUGGGUGAGUUCCUGAGGCGCUUACCUCAGGAUGUUGUGGUGCUGAUGGCAAUACAGCUCUCUGCCGUGGCUAUCACCACGCUUCCAGUGAGUGACAUGAUCGACGUUGGUGCACAGAACGCUGGCAGCGUUCAAGGGCACAAUUCUCACGCAGUUAUUGGAUACAAAGGAAAAAAAAAUGUGUCUUGGACAAAUGCAGCUACGAAUGGGGAUAGCGCAGGGCCGACUGAAAUAUCAUCAAGCAUUCCAAUAAACUGUUCCUAUUUAUCGGAAGAUUCUACAACCUGCACAACCUUCAACGUGGCGUCAAAGAAUUAUGGAGGAGGCUGUUUAAAUCAGUCCUCGAGCAGCGGGAACUCGAAAGGUUGCGAAAACGUUCUCGAUGGGGAUACAACUGUCGGCUGGGAAUCAGGAUCAAAUGAGGCCAUCAAUUCGUUCAUACAAAUCGGCUUUCACACAACCUUCAUCAUUAAUAAGCUACGGAUUAUGCCGAAAACUAGCUCUGGACAGCAAAUCCAAGAGAUGUGGUUGGAGUUUAGUGACUGUUCACUGGAAACGAUUACACUGGCGGGUAACACGUCGGAUUUCGAGGAGUUUAACUUCUUGGCUCGUAGAACAAGCUGGGUUAAAUUUACAAUUAAAAAGGUGCUUGGAAGCAGCGGUGGGGUUGGUAUAGAAGAGAUUGAGCUUUACAACGACAUGUGUAAACAAAAAACCAUAUGUGACCAUACCCAGCUUUCAAGCGGUGGUCAGUCUGAGCGCUAUCGUUUACAUCGAACCCAGUUUCCUCUCAUGAUCGAUGCUAAGGACGACGUCUCAGUGCUUCUAACAAGUGACUCACGUAAACAAAGCUCUGGGUAUAGAAUUUUGAUUGAUUCAAAUGGGAAAGUGGUCUUGAAAAGACAAGGUAACCAGGGUGAAACUCUGAUGGAAUUCAACGCCACUGCAUCUUUGCUGAAAGAAAAUGAGAUGCGUUUGUUUUGGAUUGAUGCAGGGAAGGACAGAUUGAUAUUCGGCUCUGGAGAAAAGGUUUAUCUGUUUUGGAGAGAGGCACAGCCAGUUAAAAUCAAAUACGUUUUCUUCUCCGCGACAAGUUCAUCAGCCAAGUUUCAAGUUUGUGCGCGUGUCGAUCAUUGUUACAAAGAUGCUUCUCACUACUGGCCAAUUGACAAGUCCACAAUCUAUCAACAAGAUAUAAAUGGUGGUGGAUCUCUGACGGGAAAGAUACACGGUUCGUGGUCCUUACAAGCCGGACCUUCUAAUCAAGGCUUCGCACCACUUUCCCUCUCUCUCACUGGCUCAAACUGGGUAGAUUUCGACUUUAAAGAAAGUGGUAAAGAAAGCUGUGUUAACAGUCCAUCGCAGUGUCUGAAUGGGAUUUCUGUAAGCUUUAAAGCAAGUAUCUCGGGAAAUGGUACCGGUUACAUCUUAUCAUCCGGUGGGCAAAGCUCAAAUGGUUUUUCCAUCUACUAUGUGGACUCUGCCAUGCAUUUUAAUCUCCGUGAUGGACAGAAGAUCUGGAAGGUUCAGGGAUCUUUUGAGAAAAACAAAUGGCAAACAUUUGCAAUGAGUUGGAGCCAGCAGAAUGGUUUGACCGCUAUGGUGUACAAAGAUUCCGUCAGUGUCUUGCGUGACCCAAUUGGAAAGAUCGUCACGCCGUCAUCAAACCAUCACGCGUUACUCACGAUCGGUCGCACGGGUGACAAAGGUGACGCCUAUGCCAAGGCAUUGAUAAGAGACGUUGCGGUGUGGAAAGAGGAAAUCAUAGAAAAGAAAAUGUCGAAUCUACACGUUUGUAACGAUCGCGCUGGCUGCGCCUCUGACUGGUCGUAUUUUGACGGCUCCUGUUACCAGGUAUUGUCGGGGAACCUUACAUUCCAGCUAGCGCGAAAUUCGUGUCUUUCCAAAGGAGCGGAUUUGGUGAAGAUUUCUUCCGAAGAAGAAAACACGUUCGUUAAAAACGAAACUAGAGGCGAAGCGUGGAUCGGACUCGAACAAACAGAUAGUACCUUCUAUUGGAAAGACGGCUCGGGAUUGUCCUUCAACAAGUGGAAAAAUGGGUCUUCGGGAAGCUGUGUUGUGAUGGAAGUAGAAGGAACUUGGCGAAAGUCUUCUUGUUCUCUUACCCCAGGAAAGUACAUCUGUGAACAAGUCGUCCGUCAUCAUCUGGGAUGCUACAAGGAGGACAAUGCGGUGUCGCCGAGUUUUAUUUUCAAUCCUGGUGGUUAUAAACCUAAUAGCAUGACACCUGGCCUCUGUAUGCACUCGUGCGGCGCUUUGUACUUUACGUACGCUGCCCUGAAGAGUGGAAAUUUGUGCCUUUGUGGCAACUCUACCACCACAAUAACAGAACUUUCUCCAGACAUGUGCCUUUCGUCCUGCCUCGGUGCUGGAAAUCUCAAGUGUGGUGGGGAAACCCACAUAUCUGUGUACAAGACGGUCCAAGUGCAGCCUCACAGCUUGACGUUAACAUUGGAUCUCCCGAUUACGACGCUUACAGGUUUCAACCUGACAAUGACACCGUCGCUACCAGCGGAUCAAAUCGUUGAGUACUAUGUUAUCAAUGUAGGAGAUGGAACAGAGUACUACACCACAGAUUCUGUGGCCACGCUGGCACUGAUUGAGUCAGGAAACUACACCAUCCAAGGAAAAGCGAUAGCUAAGCACAGCGAUACCGGACAUCGCACAGUGAUUGAGUCCUCCACUACUGUUUCUGCAACCUCAAACGUUUCAGGAGUAGAAUUUUUUUGUCCAUCUGUGGGUUCAGUAAACACGACGUUUAGCUGUUCCUUGAAAUUUAAACAGGGUGCCAACGUAGAAACCACGAUACAGUUUGAGGAUGGAGUUGACCGGAAUACAGUAGUUCCUGAUGCGGAAAUCCUUAAACUAGGCAUCUUAGAGUCAGACCCAGAAUCCCAAGUUACUUCCAACGGUUUAUACCUGUUGGCUGGAAUGGACGUUACAAACAAAGGUGAAGUUGUGGGCUUAGAAAUGGACGUCGAACAAGGAGGCUUUCUUGACUUAAAGAUUUAUCGACCAACAUGUGAAGACCAAAAACAACUUUAUUGUCAAGCGAAAAGAAUUUGUGUCACCAGCACGGUGAACUCAACCUCGUGCCCAGUGGGUAAGACUGAUACUUGUAAUGGUGAAAACGUAUUCAGCUUUAAACAGAGACAGUGCGCCAACGAGUCAUGUAGUGAAAACAACACUAUGGAUGGAGCUAGUGUCAACUUCGACUACAAGCACGUCUCAAGUUACAUGGUAUACUUAACAAGCGGACACAAACUCUUCCUUAUCGAGAGUACAAAUCAGCGACUUCAAGUUGAAGAAGGUGACGUCAUUGGGGUACGUUUCCCCUCCACGGGGCCAGCAGCUGCAUUGAAAACUAGCCCGAAAAGUUUCUCCUUCUUGUAUAACAUUUCAAAUAUCAAUGGUACCACGACACUGCGAAGUAAUCGCCUUCCUUUAACAGGUGACAGUCCGACUCAACUACAUUAUGCUCCUGCGAUAGCCAUUCUGUACUCUGCUGUGUCUGAGACUAAAUUUGAACACCAAUACCAGAUGGCUGGACACGAGACUGUUUCAUUUUCAGUGGGAAACUCUCGCGGAACAGAGAGCUUUACAAGAGUAGUUGCUCUUCAAGUGGCCAUAAGAGACUUCCAAUUAAAACUACCUGUUGCUUUCCCUUAUGGAGAAACUUUUAAUGUAACAGCGGAAAUAGUUCACGGUACUAAUGUAACCUACUUCUGGGAGUUCGGCGAUGGUGAAAAUGCCACAACAUCAAGUCCGUGGGUAACGCACGUUUACAAAAAAACCGGAUCAGUGACUCUUAAUGUCAUGGCAAUUAAUAAAGUAAGCUUGAUGUCCAUUUGGUGCACAACUGUCGUUCAAGAGAGAAUUGCUCGCUUGGAAUUUGGGGAAACUGCAUUGCUUCCAAUUGAAAACGGAACUACUGCCAAUAUUAGUUGGCUGUUGCGUAACGGGUCGCACGUAGACUUUAAUAUCACUAUCACAUCCACAGGUGACAACCGUGCAACAAAUCUCACCAACCCCAAAGUACCUGGGGCAAUUUUCUUCGCCAUUUAUAAAACAAAUUUGACGAUUCCUGGCUUGUAUUUGGUGUCAAUCACCGCCACUAACAAAGUAAACAAUCUGACAAUCAGCGGAAACUUAAGCGUGCAACGUGCUGUUCACGGAGUACAGAUGACGCACCCCGGCAUUUUGAGAACCAAUCAGACGUUUAAUUUUACCAUUUUGCCCCACCAAGGUGAAGAAUUGGCCCGUUAUACCCUACUUGCGAUGGACGGAACCACCAUAAACACCUCAGAUAAAGUCAUUCCACAUGUGUAUAGAAAGGCAGGAAGAUACAAAGUUUCCUUGAUCGCUUCCAAUGAAAUCAGCUCGGUCGUGGUGCGCUGUGCAGAGCUUAUCGUUCAAGAUGUCAUCGAAGGCCUGGAAUUUAGGAGCUUCAGACACGAGGUGGGCGUAAUGGAAGAAGCACGUGUGCACUGGAAGUUGAAUCAAGGAAGUGAAAUCUCCAUUUUGGUCGACUACGGUGAUGGCGAGUCAAAGCCUUUUGAAAACAACAUCUCAGUUGGAGACAUCUUGGUCGCCAUUAGCCUUCACAAUUACUCUGCCCCAGGAGAAUAUCUCGUCAAUAUCACGGUUAGCAAUCUUGUGGAUAGCCAGUGGAUAAACGCCACAGUUUAUGUUGAGACGCCUGUAACACACUUAGUGCUUGCAAUAAAACGAGGCUCUUUACAAAUUUCUGAGGGUGGCCCAUGCCAGGAUUUGUACAUUGCAGUAAAUGACUCAGUCACGGCAACCGCUGACAUAGUCAACGGCACCAACGUGAACGUUGUGUUUGACUUUGGAGACGGAACGUCGAAAACCAUGUAUCAUCAACGGGAAUUCCCAAUAAAUGGAACGGUUGCCAAUCACACUUACGCUAUUGAAGGAGCAUAUACAAUCACUGUGAAGCUAUCCAACAGAAAUCAGGAGAAUCCUACAAACGCGUGUAGAAUUAUCGUCCAAUAUCCAAUUGACGUAGUGCUGCUUACGUCCAAUUCACCUCAGCCCUCCAAUCCAGGGAAAGUACAUUUCUUUUUCCACUUCCCUGGCUACAAUGCUUCUGCACCGCUCAAAGUGAAAUACGACUUCGGAGAUAAUGAAACUCAGCCUCUCAAAACCUUACAAUCACAUGAUGUGAAUGGUACGGUUUACCAGUAUCCUAGGCAAGGCGUGUAUACUGCCACGGUGAACGUGUGCAACGAGAUAAGUUGUGGUAAUGCAUCUGUUGAAGUAAGAAUUCAAGAUAAGAUCCACGGCCUCAGGUUUUUUUCUCAUUUGACAAAAUUCAUCGAUACCUGCUCCGAGAAUUUCACGCCUGAUGAGGCAACAUUUCCCAAAGAAUACGACGUCUUUUUUAACUCUUCCAUCACAAAUGGCACUAAUGUAACCUACAGCUGGCGUUUUCUGUCAGACGAUGUGGAAGUCAGUGGAAUAAGCUGUCGUCGAAAAUUUAAUUCCACGGGCAAUCAUGAAAUUGUACUCAUAGCCAAAAACGAUGUCAGUAACAAGACUGCGAAACAGAACAUCAUCGUUCAUGAGAGUAUACUUGGGGUGAAACUAAGAAAUGAUGGACCGGCGGAAAUGGGUAAACGCAUUAAUUUUACCCUGAGCAUGGAACAAAAAGGAAACGAUUCUUGUUUUGAUAUCGACCUGGAAGACGAAAAACAUCAUUAUUACAAAACUGGUGAGGGCAAAAAUUGCCAUGGCUCUGCUAAAAAUUUUGAAAACUAUUCCAGUUUUCACCACAUUUAUGAAGAAGCAAAACCUUACUGGGUCAGGUUUACAGGCAAAAAUCGCGUAUCUUGUGUCACCAUAGAAAAGGAUGAGGAAACAAAAGCCGCCAUCGUGAAGGGGGAGUGCGCCUUUCCAAAAAUCACUGCUCCGGGAAUUGGAGUUAGCAAAAAAAGUGGGACAAAGUUCAAUAAGUCAGAGAAAAUUGAAAUAAAAACAGUAAAUACUCUGAAAUGUUACAACUUCUCGACCGAGUACUAUUGGAAUAUGACUAAAUUACCCGACUCCCCUGGCCAGCUAGAGGGCAUUCCUUUCGACAGACCAGACUUAAUAAUCCCACCAAGGAAAUUAGAUUACGGCUUAUAUGAACUUCAAUUUAGCAUCAACAUGUUGGCCGAACCAGGCGUUUACACAACAGAGAAAUUCUACAUCGAGAUCACAAAGACGAAUCUCGUGGCUCUCAUCGAGGGAGGUACAGAAAGGACUGCGGGUAAUGAAGAUCCCUUGACGUUAAAUGCCGAGAAAUCACAUGAUCCUGACACCACGGAGGCGGGGAACACAUUAAAUGUUGAGAGGUGCAACUGCAAGUUUGCUUGGUUUUGUAAAAGGGAAAAUGAGGACGUAGACAAAAGUUAUACAUUACCUACAAAUCUAAGAGACUUACCACCUAUUCCCACCACCCCUGAGCAAAACAUCACUGCAAACGACUCCACAGUGCCACAGUUAGGGGGCUGUUUCGGAUACGGACCAGGGCAACUUAACUUUAGUACAGCGCAAGUUGUGUUGAACACGACGAAAAUGACACCCAACACAACCUACAUUAUAAGAUUCGUGAUCACCAAAGAUAAUCGAACCUCGUUCACAGAUCAGAAGAUAAAAGUCAAACCGGGUAGCCCUCCAACUUUAAGCAUCGAGUAA